AUGCUCUCAAUUAAACUUUCUGAACCUACUCGACAUUCUAUAUCUAGAUCUUUAAUUAUACAUCACCAAUAAAAAAAUAAUGGAAGUCUGUCUAUUCCAACAAGGGAUAACCAAAGAAAAGGAUCAGAAUUAAGGAUUAGAUAAGAUUACAGUCCAAAAGAUAAAAUCUAAUAACAAUUUAAUAAGUUGAAAGUCAAGUUAAAUGAUGCUUUAUCAAGAACAACUUCUCCAUAACCUUCGAUUAGAAGCAAUUAAGCACAAUCAACCAAAGAAAUAGUAAUAUCAGCGUUAAAAUAAUAGAGAAAAGAAUCUCAUUUCAAAUUAGAAGUCUCUUUUUCUAAUGAUAGUUCAAUAGAGUCUUCAUUUGAUGAAGAAAUGAAUGAAGAAUUCAAAUAAGCAAAAGAAACUCUUGCUAAAUUAACAAAUAUUAAUAAUAAUUAAGCAUCUUCAUUCAAACGUUCUCAAUCUCCUCUAAACAAUCGGCUUAGUUUACCAUUAAUUACAAAUCCAAGAAAGCUAAGUGCUACUGAUAAUGAGGAUGAUAAAAUUAAUCUAUAAUUUUUGAAAUCUUUAGAAUAAAAUUAAGAUAAUAAAGAUAUAGAUGAAUUUUAUGAUAAUGGAGAAUUAAAUAUUAAUUUUUAGAGUCGAGAUUUAUUGUAAUUUAUCAGAUAUGAAUAAGAAGUUUUGGAAUUAGUUCACAGAACUGCUAAAUAUUCAGAUACAAAUUAAAUGAAAUAAGAAAUGAUUGACUAAUUGAAUAAAUUUGAUUGUCUUAAGGAAAGUGAGAAAAAGAAAAAGGAAGAAUAAAAAAAUGAUUUAUUAAAAAAAUUGGCAUCAUAACAUUAGUUAUUGAGUACAGAUGAGGCUGAUAAAGCAAAUUUUAACAAUAAGAUUGAUUAAUUGGCAUUUUAAUUUAUUGAUAAAGGCAUAAAAAAACUAGAACAAUAAAGUUCUGAUGACUGA